AUGAGAACAAAUAAAGAUGAAAAUAUUGAACCCAACGCAAUGGACAACUAUGAGAACAACGCCAAGACUUCCUUUUUUGACGAUGCCAUUUCAAUCGAAUCGAAGAAGGAGGUAGAUUAUGAACUUUUAAGGAGUACCAAAAAUGUAGAUACAAAAAAUGAUAUAAAAAUAUGUAACAUAAACGUUAACAACGAAAUGGAGUCAGCUAUGUUCAUACACUUGAAGAAAAGAAAAACAACUAGUGUAAAUGAUAAGUACUACUCCUUGAAAUUCCCUAAAUUUAUAGAUGUAUGUACAGAUAUAAAAAGAGGCGGAGAAAGGGAAAUGAAUAUCAGGGAUACUAAAUAUGAUACUAAAGGUAAAGAUGGAGAUCAAAUCGAUGAUGCAAUUGAUUACAAAAAUGAUCAUACAAUCGAUCGUAGUGGAAGUAUGAUUAGCUCCAGAGGAACACGACACUCGAUCGAAGUAACACAUUCGAACAAAAAAACUAGCUCUAUUGUAACCUGGAGUUUCGAGGAAGAUUUAUGUAAUAAAAUACAAAUUAAAAAAAAUUCAAAAAAAAUUUACAAAAAAAAGGAACAGGAAUAUUCUUUUAAAGGAGAAUGCAAAAAUAAAUGCAUAACUAGUGAAGAUGAAAUGUGUGCAAACAAACUACAGAAAGAGGAAGAUCUAAAAAAUUCAAUUUUAUCAAAAUGGAAUACUAUGUUAUCGGAUAGAAUAAAAAAUAAUCCUGAACAAGACAAUAUGUCCGACUGCCUUACUGAUGAAUGUAUGUCUGACUUUUCCAAUAUGGAAGAAUUUUAUAAAAAAUAUGAAAUAGACUAUAACAGUGAUGAUGACAUUAUGAGUGUUUCAAGUAAUGAAUCAAAUGAACAUAUCAAAAAUGUUUGUAGAAAUUUACAUUGCUUAGAGACGAAUUCAUUUAUUGUUCAGUAUGAUGAUGGUAAAUCCAUUUUUUUUGUUAAUGAAAAACCAUUUAUUUUAGAAGAAGACAGUGAAAUUAAUUAUUUAGUUGAAAGCACAGAUGAUACUGUUAUGCCCAUACAUUGUAAACUUGAAAAAAAAUUUUUUAUUAAAUCUAUUGCUAAAGAGGAGCAUAUUAGUCCAUCAGAUUUAAAGCUCAAGAAGGAUGAUAUAUACUACUCACUCAACGAUGCAAAGUUGGAUAAACUUAAAACAUGA